CGAAUGGACCAUAUUGAACGUGCCUUCCGUAAAGCUGAGAUACCCCUCCUUGUUGACGACUAUACGCGGCAGCAAGCCGAAGACAAGGCUGCAUUUGAAGCCACAAGCCGAGCAACUAUUGACGCCGCCCGGCAAGCUCAUCAAGAGAAGUUGGAGACCAAACACCGUUUGUCGCGAAUCAUGCCAGAUUACCAAGUCUAUCUGGGUGGCCUUAAUCAAAAUCGCCGCCAGGAUCACCACAGGCGAACAUUGGAAGCUAACAACAAGAUUCUGGAAGAAAAGGCGAAACAACGUGAUGCGGUUUUGAAGCAAAGAGAACGUGAAGCACAUGCACGGGAGGAACAAGAACGCGCCCAGAAGGAGAAGGAGGAGGAAGCUGCACGACUGGAACAAGAGGAACAGAGAAAAAGAGAAGAAGACGAAAAUGCCAAAGCCGCGGAAGAAGAAAAGCGGAAGAAAAGAGAUCAAGAGCGGGCUGCAGAUUUGGAACGCAUUCGAAAGCAGCAAGAACGAGAGGAAGAAGCAGAACGUCGGCGUCAGGCUCGGUCGUCCACAAACCUACUACACCUUCAAGCCGCCCAACUCCCACCGGCUCUAAAUACGAUGAAGCGAAUAGAAGCAGACCUACGACUCCAAGCCAACAGUCUCCAGCACUUCCUGAUGAAGAUGGAUUCCAGACUGUCAACCGGCCUCGUCCAUCCUCAGGGGCAUAUCGUCCUCCAGGUGCCCCAACAAAGUCGAAGUGAACAAUGGUUCGAUCAGCAACAGAUGUCCCCAAUUAAAGCGGGCUAA